UCACCAGAGGGCGCCGUCGUCUUUGGAGGCGCCGGCGGCUCGGUGCUGUGUCUGGUCGCCUUCCUCAUGGUGGGUCGUCUCAGUCGUCCCCAGCUGUCCUCCUGCGGGGGCGGGAGUCCUAGAGGUGACGGGAGUAGGGACGUCGGCGGCCUGCGGAGAGUGGAGAGCCGAGCUCCGGGGCUAGCGCAUCCUGCGGGCGUGGCCGAGUCGGGGUCUGGGUGCCGGCGCCAGCGGUCCGGGUCCUGAUUCCUGGUCCUGAAGAGCGCGGCGUGGGAUGGAUGUGAGCAGCCUUUCGGAUUCUGUCCCAGAAGGAAAGGAAUUUCAGCCGUUUAGUAACCUUGCGUCCGGCCCCAGCCCCUUUCCUCCUCAAGGAUUUGGCGAUUCCGGAGAGUUAAGGGAUUGAACCCAGGGCUUCACAGUGACCUACGUCUCCAGCCACAGCCAUCACCACCACCACCACCUGUUUUUGUUUUGGUUUUGAGACAGGAUCUCACUAGGUUGCUAAGUUGCAUGGACUGGGCUGCAAUUUACAGUCCACCUGCCUCAGCCUCCCAGCUCCCAGAAUACUAUACUCUUUGAUAGGCUUGUACAGAUUUACCCAUUGAGUUUAUCACUUUUCAUUUAAUGGCGAACCAUCAUUUGUGUGUAAGUUGAACUUAAAUUGCAUACAUGAAACUUUUCCUUUGAUUACUGGGUAUUACACCUCCUGAAGAUGUCCAGCUGAACCAUAGUAUGAUUUCACCUGAGAAAAUUAAAAACAUUAACGUUUACUUUGUGAAACACUAGAAUUCUGCACAUUAUUCCUCUAUAUGCUUCCUGUGUUUUUGUAUCUUAAGACUUAUAUAUUGCAGUUGUUCAUGUCUUUUUUUAGUUUAGAACAAUCUCUGUUUUCUCUCUCUCUCAUUUUGUGGUGCUGGGGAUGGAAUCCAGGCCUCAUGCAUGCUGAAUGUGUGCUUUACCAUAGAGAAACACCUGUACCCCCAUUUAAUUGACUUUUCAGGAGUCACAUAUUCUUGAGAAAGUCCUAUGUUUUGCUAUUUCUUACUGCUUUCUCAUAGUAUUUUAAAUGUUCUUUAUUGCUUGCUGUUUUCUCUAAACUUGUAAUGGGCUCCAGGGGAGAGGUAGUAAACUUAUAUAAGGACUGAUUAUAAGUACUUUAUGGUUUUUGGCCACAUGAUCUCAAAUUUCUCAGUUUUGCUUUAAUUCAUGUCUAUGGCUAUUAUUUUACUGAUUUUUUUGAGACAGGGUCUUGCUAUGUAGUGGUCUUGAAUUCAUGGUGAUCCUCCUGACUCAGCCUCUUGAGUGCUGGGAUUACAAGCAUGCCUGACUGCUCAUGGUUAUUCUAACACAAGACUAGUGGUAAGCCAGUGCCAGUAUAAAAAGCAGGAUAGUUACCUUUAAAAGUGGACAUAGGGACAAGAGACACACCCCAUGCGCUCAAGGACUGUGAUUGGAGAUACUGGCUUCCGUCAGGCUGUCACUGGGACACUUUUUUUCCAAGGGUAGCCAGCAUGGCAGGGAGAAACAGACACACAGCGAGCUCCCACAGGCCACCACUGGAAAAAUAGACAUAGGGGCUGGGGUUGUCGUUCAGUGAUGGAGUGCUUGCCUGCCAUUGCAAGAACCUGGAUUCAAUCCCCAGCACUGCAAAACUGCAAUUUAAUUUAAUUUGAAAAGAGAGCCUAGAUUUACCCUAAAGUACCAAAAUGUUGUACUAUACAUCUCCUACAAGUAUUUGCCAGAGGCUUCCGGGAAUACGCUGUCUGUUAUGGACACUUGAAGUAUUAUUGGGUCUGCUUGGUAAUUUGGACCAUGUGCUUGAUAAAUUUAUACUUCACCAUUAACUUGCUUUGGUAUUCACUUGAAACUGGAAGCCUUUCAGGUACGUGACUACAUAGAUGUACUAAAGCACAUUCUUGAAAAUAUUGCAUCCAAAAUUCAAAGGAUGCUGGGCAUGGUAGCACAGGCCAGCAGUCCUGGCACUUGGGAGGCUAGAGCAGGAGGAUCACCCUUGUAAGUUAAGACCAGCCUGGGCUACAUCAUUCAAGACCAGCCCAAACUACAUGGUAUGACCCUAUCUCAACUGAAAAAAUAAAAACAAAAACCCACUAAAAAUAAAAAUUUAGGGCUGGGUGAUAUAGCUCCACUGCACAGCAUCCACCUGGCAAGCACAAGGUGCUGAGUUCAAUUCCCAGUACCCCUCCCCCCAAUUCAAAAGCUCUAUUGACCGUUCUGCCCAUUUUUGGGCUGGUAGAUUGGAUGAGGUGCAGUAUCUUACAGUAAAAUCUUUGAGGGAACAUCUUUACAUGAUCCGGACCGCUGAUCCCCUAAAAGCUUUCUUUCACUCCUGAAUUACCACCUUCUGUUUUGUAUCUUUCUUCUAAAGGUAUCUAAACUAUUUUCUACUCCUUAGUCUGUUAGAUACAAUCAGCACGUCAGCACACACUACAUUUGCAAAUGUAGUGUUGUGUGGAAUGUCCAGUCUUCUAGGACUACUGCUAUACCAGAGCCUACAAAUUUGAUGUAGGCUGGGGCAGUGACAUGACAGUACACCCGUACACUGUUGGUCCUCCCAGGUAAAUGCUAAUUGCUUUCUGUUUAUUUUUAGCCAGUUCAGGAAAACAGAACUUAGCUUUGUCAGUACUUGCAUGUCAAGUCAUAGGGAAUGUGUUGGUUUUCUUCUGUAAAUGAGUAUGUCUUAAAAAAUAAUUGGAAGUGGAUUUAGUGAUAUAUUCUGUCUCUUGGAAGGCUGAAGCAGGAGGAUUGUGAGUUGGUAGCUAGCCUAGGCAAUGUAACAAAACCUUGUAUCCAAAAAAAAAAAAAAAAAAAAAAUCCCAAAACAAAACAAAAAAAUCAACAGUUGGAAGUUACUGCCUAAGUAAAUUCAUGAUAACUGACUGUUAGCAUUUGGCUCUUAAAUAUCCUUCCACCAAAGACCAUGUCUUAAGGACUUGGUUCCUCACUUGUGACACUACUGGGAGAUGCUACAAGCUUAAGAGUAGGGCCUGAUUCAAGGAAGUCAGAUCUGUAAUGAAUAGUGAGGCCUCUGCCCUUUUACACACUGUCUGCUUCCUAGCAACCAUGAGGUAAGCAGCUUUCCUCUGCUAUGUGCUUCUGCCCUAAUGUACUUCCUUGUCAUAGGCCUAAAAACCCCUGGACCAGUUGAUCAUGGAUGGAAAUCUCUGAAGCCAAAAUAAAUCUUUCUUCUUUAUAAAUUGGUUGUCUCAAGUAUUUUCUUAUAGCACCUGAAAUCUGUCUUAACACAGUUUUAUUCUUCAAGAUCUAGGUGAUUCCUGUACUGGCCAAUGUGGGAGAUUAAAUUGAGAUGAAUUAAGUGUUAUGAUUCCUGAUUAUUUGAAGUGUUUGAGGGGUUUUUUGUUUUUGUUUUUAUUGGUUUUUUUCUUAGUCAUCUUUCUGCCACUGAACAUAAUACCUAAUACCCACAAUUUAGAGGAGAAGAGAUUUAUUUUGGCUUAGGAUUUUUAGAGGAUUCAGUCCAUAGUUGGCUGGCUCUAAGUCAGAAAGAAAUGAUGGAAGUGUUUGAUAAAUGUACAUUGCUUAUCUCAUGGUGUCCAGGAAGCAAAGAAGACAGAGCAGAGCUGGGGAAGGAGAUAGACAUUUCAGGUAAAUGCCCCCGCUGACCUGCUCUUCCAUCCAGCCUCCACCUGUAACAACACUCCCAGCUGUUAAUUCAUUGGGGCAUUCAUAUACUUAGGAGUGUAGUUCCCAUAUGAUCUAAUCACCUUCCAGAAGCCCAGUCUCUGAACACGUGAGCCUUUAGGGAGAGAUAUAAAUCUAAAUUAUAACAUUCUGUCUCUGGUCCCCAAAAGACUCAUCCAUCUCUUUACACAAAAUACAUUUAAUCUACCACUUGUAUCACCAAAGCCUAACAGUUUCAACAAAUCCAGUCUCCUGUGAGACUAGAGGCAAACUCUUAGAUGUGAGACCCUGUAGACAUCAAAGGGGAAGUUAAAUACUGCUAAUAUACAAUGACAUAGGGAAAAUUCCCAUUCUAAUAGAAAGAAAAUAGGGGCUAAGAAGGACUGGGAAGAAAGUAGCAUGGAGAUCCAGCAGGGCAAACAUUAAAUCCCGUAGUUCCAUGUGUACCACCCUGGAGCACUUUGUGGUAAGAGUGUCUCCACUAUUCUUGCAGCUUGAACCACUGCCUCCCAGGUCUUCUGAAAUCUUGGUGGAAGACUCCAUGACCACAUAACCCUUGCAUUCAGCUUUCCUAAAAAACCAACACCAUAUAGAUGAUACUGAGGUCUGCCACCAGCUCAUGCCAUAAUCAGGUACCCUUGGACCAUGGAAGCAGAGGCCUAUGAGUGCCUAGAUGGCUGAGCACUGAAACAAAUCCCAAGAACCCAAUUCCCUACUCAUUUCUGGAGCAGGGGGUCCAGGGUGUCUUCUCAGAUGAAAGUUUUAUAGUUUAUACCCUUGAGCUUGUGAACAAUAGAUUCCUGCUGAUUCUUGACAUACCCUCAAGCCAUCUCUCCUGUAAUCUUGAUGAAAAAUAUUUUUAAUUUUAGUAUUAAUUGUUUCAAUGGCCACACUCUCCAGGGGCCCAACUUUCCAGGUUGUUCAUUUUCUUGAAAAUGAAAACUUUUUACCUCCUGACUCUCAUAUUUGCUCCUGAUUCUCACUAUAAAUCUGACUAAAAACUGAUACUACACAUAUAACAUCCUAAACAUUGAGCUGCUUUGAAAUUUCUUCUACCAGAUUAAAUUAGCCCACCUCAUUUCAGUCUCUCAAAAAAGUCUGAGGACAUAGGCAGACUGAAAACAUGUUUCAGCCAGGUGUACAUACAUGGGGUCUGCUGAACUGCCAGUGAGGUCUUUGUUCCCAACUGAACUUCCAUGAGGUCGGUCUUUGCUGUCCACAUUUCUGUAAGCAUGCUUGUCUUCAGAGCUCUGACCAGAAUCUCCGAAGCUUGGCUUACAGCAUUCUAGGGCUUCUCUGCAAACCUGUCCUUUCCAGCAAACCACUUCCAAAGCUUCUAAACCAUGUGGUCACAGCAACCCCACUCGUGGUACCAAAACCUGUGUUAAGUCUCUUUCUCAUCACUGGACACACAGGAGAUUCUGAUGUCAGAUAGUCUUUCUCAGUGACAGUAUAUUCAUCCCUCCAUGAAUGUUCUGUGAUUUAUGGUUUAUUAUGUAAGAGGGUAGGGAUUUCUUUCUUGUACCUCUUUCUGUCAAAAGCUUUCAUCUUCUCAGUCAAAAAGCAAAUUUAAGGGAUUCUGCCAGUUGCUUUGAAUGUCUGUAUGCCAAGUAUGCAUUAAAGAAAUAGGAAAAUAAUCAUACUGUGGGUCUGUAGUUCAGUUGGGCCCUCUGUGGAUUAAGAAUUGUUAAAAGGUUAACUGUGGGGUCAUAAAAUUACAGUGUUUAUUUUUCCAAACAACAAUUCGUGAAUUGAGCGCCUCCACAUUGUAAGUGGCUUAGAGGCUGUGAUAAGGGCAGAACAUGAACAUAAAAUGCAGAAUAUACGAGCUCAGUUUUAGUUACACAGCGCCCUGGUUUGGUCUAUUCGAUUUAUAAGUGCCUAGAUAUAACUGUAGAUAGAGGUUUCUGGCUGGAUAGCCUUAUAUUUCAUUCGUUUGAUUUUUGCUUUAAAGAAUAAAAUCUCAACACACAACAAUUAGGGAGUAACAAUGUUAUAUACAUUGCACAUUGUUAUCUUCAGAUUGAUUACUUAGAAUAUAAGACAUCUGCAUUUAAUCGUCCAAACUAUACUAGCACAAACCUUUCUCUUCAAUGAACUCAGAGAAAUCACUAAUACAACUGUCCUAUCUUUUGUGUGAUGUUUCUUUCAGCUUCUUAUAUUAGUGAGACAGUACAAUCUUUAAACAUGUAUGUCUUAUUUAUUUCACUGAAUAUGGUCUCAAGUUGUAUCCAUUUAACUAUAAAAGUCUACAGAUUAUCCUUCUUUAUGGUUGUGUGGUACUCCAUUGUAUAAAAGUACAUAUUUUUUAUCCAUUACUCAGUUGAUGGACUUUUAGGUUGUUUUCAUGAUCUAACUCUUACAAAUUGUGCUGCUGUAAACAUGGGUGCACAUAUAUCUCUGCAUUAUGAUGUCUUUUAUUCUUCUGGGAAGAUAUCCAGAAGAGGAAUAGCUGGGUCAAUUGGGACUUCCAAUCCUAGUUUUUUGAGGAAUCUCCACACUGAUUUCCAUAGUGGUUGUCCGAAUCUACACUCCCAUUCAUAGCCCAUCCAACUUUUGUCAUUGUUGGAUUUCUUAAUAACCUUUCUGGAGUGAAAGUGGGACCUCAGUGUUAUUUUAAUUUGCAUCUCUUGUAUGACCAGUGGGAUGUUGAACAUUUUUUCAUGUAUUUAUUUGCUAUUUGUAUUUCUUCAUCUGAGAUGUGUGUAUUCAACUCAGAUGCCCAUUUUCGGUGUGGGUCUUAAAUUUAAGAUGACUUGAUUUUUCUUUUUAGUUCUUUAUAGUAGAUAGUAGAGGAGCAGCUGGCAAACAUUUUCUCCCACAUUGUGAGUUGUCUGUUUACUCUGUUGGUGGUUUUCUCACUGUGGAAAAAGCUUUUUAAUAAGAUAAGAUCCCAUUUGUUGAUUCUUUGUGACAGUUCCUGUGUGACUGGGGUUUUGUUCAUUAAGUCUACACCUGUGUAGUUUUACCUACUCUAUUUUCAGGUAGAUUUACUGGUUUUUAAAAAAUAUUUAGAUCUUUAUCCAUUCCAAAUUUAGUUUAGUGCAUGGUGAAAGCUAUGGGCCCAACUUUAAUCUUCAGCCUAUGCAGAGCCAACUUUUUCAGCGCUGUUUAUUAAAGAGGCUUUCUACCAGAGAAUGUGUUGGGUACUUUUGUCAAAGAUAAGGUGUCUUAAUGUGUCUGCACUUGUUUCUGCAUUUUCUAAUCUGUUCCAUUGGUCUUUGGGUCUGUUUUUUUUUUUUUUUUUUUUUUUUGGCAGUACCAAGUUGGUUUUUUGUCACAGUAGCUUUAUAGUAUAAUUUAAAGUCAGGGAUUGUGAUACCCCUAUCUUGCCUUUGUUGCCCAGGAUUGCCUGUGCUAUUCUAGGUCUCUUCUGGUUCCAGAUGAAUUUUAGGACUGUUGUCUCUAAUUCUGUGAGAUACGCUAUCGGAAUUUUGAUUGGAAUUGCAUUGAGUCUGUAUUUUCUUUCUCUUGUCUAAUUGCUCCAACUAAAAUUUCCAGGACUAUGUUGAAUAAGAGUAGAGACAAUCAACUAGCGAUUUCUUAUUGCUUAUUUUUUUUGAAAUUAUGUAUUAUUUCUACCCUUUUUAUUUUUUGUGUUUUUUUCUCUUUAAAUAAAAUUUUUUUUAAAAUGGAGACAGUGGACAUCCUUGUCUUGUUCCUGACUUUAGAGUGAAAGCUUUCAGUUUUUGUCUAUUUAGUGUGAUGGUGGCUGUUGGUUUGUUGUAGAUGGCUUUUAUCAGAUUGAGAAAGAUCAUCUAUUCAAAUUUUCUAUAGGGUUUUUAUCAUGAAGGGGUGCUGGACUUUGCCGGAAGUUUUUUCUGCAUCUAUUGAGAUGAUCAGGUGAUUUUUGACCUUGGUCUGUUAAUAGGAGUAUUACAUUUGUUGGUUUACAUGUGUUGGACCAUCCCUUCCUCCCUGUGAUGAAUCCCACUUGAUUAUGAUGUAUAAUCUUCUAGAUGAUUUACUGUAUUUUGUUUGGCAGUAUCUUAUGCAUCUAUGUUCAUUAAGAAAAUUGUCCUGUUUUGUUUUUUAGUUGGGUUCUUUUUUGGUUUUGGUAUCAGGGUAAUGCUUGCUUCCAAGAAUGAAUUUGGGAGUAUUGCUUCCCUUUCAAUUUCAUUGAAGAAUUUGAGAAGUAAUGGUAAAUUUCUUGUGGAAUUCAUCAGAACCUGGGCUUUUCUUUGUUGAUAGGUUUUCAAUUACAUCUUGGAUUUCAUUGAUUGAUACUAGUUUAUUUAUAUUGAUGUUUAUAUCAUUAUUCACCUUUGGUAAUGCUUAUGUAUCUAGGAAUCUGCCCAUUUUUUUCUGUAUUUUCCGUCUUGUUAGAAUGCAAGUUUUCAAAGUAGAGGUAAGAUCAUCUUCUGAAUUUUUUGCAGGAUCUGUUGUGAUUUCGCCCUUUUCAUAUCUAAUUGCAUGGAUUUGAGUCUUUCUUUUUUUUGAUAAAGUUGGCUAACGGUUUGUUAAUUUUAAUCCUUCAAAGAACCAACUCUUGAUUCAUUAAUUUCUUUGUUUUUUUUUUUUUAGUCUCCAAUGUAUUAAUUUCUGCUCUGAUCAUUAUAAUUUCCUCCCUUGUACAAGAUUUUGGCUUACCUGCCCUUCUUUUUAGAUGUUUGAGGUUCGCCAUUAAGUUGUUUAUAUGCACUUGUUCUGUUUUCCUUAUAUGAGUAUUUACUGCUAUAAAUUUCCCUCUUAGGGCUGCUUUCAUUGUGUCCCAUAGGUUAGAGUGUUAUUAUCAUUUAUCUGGAAAAACUGUCUAAUUUCUUCUUUAAUUUUAUCUGUGACCCACUGGUUGUUUAAGAUGGUGCUUUAUAAUUUCCAUGUGUUUAUGAAGUUCUUCUGGUUUCUUUUGUCAUGGAUUUCCAAUUUCAAAGCACUCUGGUCUGAUAGUAUGCAUGGGAUAAUUUAAAUCCCUUUGCAUUUACUUAAGCAUGUUUUGUGAGCCAGUAUGUGAUCUAUUUUGGAGAACAUCUCGUGUGCAGUUGAGAAGAAUGUAUAUUCUGAUAUUGUAGGGUGGAACAUCCUAUAGACCUCUACUAAGUUCAUUUGUUCAAAAGUUUGGUUCAGCUCGAUAUUUCAUUAUUGAUUUUUUUGUCUAGUUGAUCUACCUUUUUGUGACAGUGAGGUAUUGAUAUCUCCCAAUACAAUUGUGUUAGGGCUUACUUGAUGUCUUAAUUACUUUAUGCUCAUCACUGAGACAAAAUACCUGAAGCCCAAAGUUGAGAAAGGAAAGGUUUAUUUCUUAUAGUUUUUGGAGGUUUCAGUCCAUACUCAGUUGGCUCCAAGGCAGGUGGGCAUGUCUGGGCCACAGUUCAUGGCGGCUGCAAACAGCAAACCGGAACCAGCAAAGAGCAAGACACACCUUCUUCCUGCCAUUACAUCACAUCCUGGCUCCACCCCUAUGUGGGUGGAGCACUGACACCAUCAAUCCAAGCACUAUACAAUGAACAAUCACAAAUGAACAAUGCAAACUCAUGAGGCCUGGGGGCCACAGACAUAAACCAUGACAUUUGAUUUUUCAAGUCCAUUAGUAUUUGUUUUAGAGAGUUGGGUGCACUGGUAUUUGUUGCAUAUAUAUUUCUGACUGUUAUCUCUUCUUCUUGGAUUAUUCCCUUUAUAAGAAUGUAGUGAUCUUCUUUACUUCUCUUAAUCAGUCUUGGCUUGAAAUUCACUUUGUCUGCAAAUAGAACACUGCUGCCCCAGCUUUUUUCUGGAUUCCUGUCACACAGAGUAUUAUUUUCCAUCCUGUGACUUUCAGUCAAUGAAUUUGUUUUUGAAUUCAAUGUGUUCCUUUAUGCAGCAUAUUGUUGGACUUUGUUUCUUGAUCCAUUCUGUCAGUCUGUGUGUUUUAACAUGACUGGCUAUCCUAUGUGUUGACUUGUCCUUACCAUGAUUUUUCAUGAUGUUGGCUUCCCCACCUACCCGCCUUUUUCCCUUCCCUCUGAUUGUUUGCCAGCUGGAUUCCUUCUGUUGGGGUUCAUUUUGGAGAACUUGUUUGGUGGCUAUAAAUUUCCUGGGCUGUUCUUUGUCAUGGAAGUAUCUUAUUUGUCCAUCAGUUUUGAAAGAUAGUUUUUCAAGGUACAUCAAUCUGGAAUGAAAGUUGUUUUCCUUUAUAAGUUGAAAUACUUCACUCUAAGCUGUCCUUGAGAGUUCAUGCUAAGAAGUCGGCUGUGAUUCUGAUGGGCUUUCUUUUAUAGGUGAUUUGUCUCUUUUCUCCAUUUAGGGGAAAUUCUUAGGAUUCUAUUCUUUAGGAUUCAUAUUUAGGAUUCUAUUCUAUUGUGUUGAAUUUCUGGAGUAUUGACUAUGAUAUGCCUGACUAUACAUUUUUUUCAAUCAUGGCUAGUUAGAGUUCUAUAUUCCUCAUGUAUCUGUUUGUCAAAUUCUUUUUCUCUACCAGUUUUCCAUCAUGAUGUCCGUGAACAUUUUCUUCAUGUUAUUUGUGAUAUCUCUUGCUUUUUCAUUGACUCCAAUCAAUCUUAAUUUAUUCUUCCUUGUCUCAUCUGUCAGCUGCUGGAUUGAUUUCCGUGCUAGUACUAAGAAACCUGUUUUUCCCUGGUCACUAACUGCAAGCCUGUCUUCAAUAUCUGAGAUCCUGUUCUCACUUGGCCUAAUCUGCUUUGAAUACUCUCACUGGAGAGUUUAUUCUCCUGAAUACCUUCUUGAAUCUGCUUUAUGGGUUCCAUUUCUUUCCUGUGCUGAGCUUUCAUAAUUUUCUUAAACUUGUGUACUUUUUUGUCUGUAUCUGCUCUAGCAUCACUCAACAGGGUCUUUAUUGUGGAUGUCAUCUCUGUAGUUAUCUGAGAGAUUAUUUCUGAUUGCAAUUUUUCCAGAGCCUCAUUCAAUUACUUUGUUGUUUCCACAUCAGAGAGGCCUGGUGGGCGCCUUUCUGACUAUCUCGCCUUGUUGUCCCCUGAAAUUUGUCUUUGGCAUACUCAGUGUUUAGGGCUGUAUUUUGUUUAAGUCUCUUCUUAUUUCCUUUUCUUUUCUCUUUCUUUCUUGCUUUCUUUCUUUGUUUUUUAACUCCUGAGGUGAUGCUUAUAAAUUGCCUGUGAUGAGUUGCUUUAUUGCUAGUAUUUAGGACCCUUAGGUGAUAUCGACUCUCUGAGGUGUCUUCCAGGUAUAGCUGGUUUAUAGGUUUUGAGUCUGUUGGAAGAUCUCACCUCCAGUUUGUUGGCGAUGAGAAGCUGUUGUUCAUUUGGCCCAGUCUUUGGCUCUGUGCCACUACAGUAUUUUCUGUGACCCUUGGUCAGUCUCAGUCAUGAAAUACCAGGACCAACAGCUGUUUAGAGUAAUUAUGUCAGUAGUUUGGCUACAAUGAUACUAAUAGCAUCAAACACAGCCUAGAGAAUGACAGACUGAGCUAACAGUUAACUUGCCGUUUUUAAACAUAUAAACUAGAUUUGUAGUUGUAGCAAAAUCUAAAAGUAGAAAAUUAUAUGCAGUAUACAAUGAUAUGUCAAUCUGUAUGUCAAUUUUGCUCUCAGGAGUUAAAAUUUAAUACAGUUUCAGGAGAAAAUAGAGAAUUGGGAGAAAGAGGAAGAGAUUAAAAGUAAGGUCGGGGGAUCACAUACACUUUGGGAAACUCCUGUAGAAGACUAAAGGGAAAGAUAAGAACAGCACAGAGCCAGGGGAGGCCAGAAACACGUUUAUACCUGUGUAAAAAUAAGAUCGAACAGUGAGGGAGAAAGAAAGGAGAAAAAAACAAAAAUUAAAACUAAAAGACAAACACAAGGGAGAGGAGGAAGAAGACAAACAAAGUCUCCUUCCAGGAGUGUCCAGGUCUGUCUCUGCUUUCCCUGACGGAGAACCAGGGAGACAGCACAGAGGGAGCUGUGCUGAUCCAUCCCAGCACACCCGCAGCGGGGUAGUGGGCACUCUCGGGAAGCCUGUACAUUCUGGAGACAGCACGUUUGGCUCCCCCUCUGCCAAGCACCGACUGCGGGUCUGAGCCCCUCAGGUGCCCAGUAGAGGGAGCAGCCACGAUUCUGAGUUCUGUCCUCAGGCUGCCCAUCUCCAGGAUGGCUCCAGGCAGAUUGUUUUCUCCCGUGGAGAGCGAGCCCCUGCGCUCCCGCCAGUCAGGGGAGUCCUUCACCGCGCUGCUCCCUUUCCUGCUGUGUCUUUCUGCAGAGACUUCGGGAUCCCCGUCCAUCCCCGUCACCAUGCCUGGGCAUCCACGGGCCCAAACUGCUCCUCUCACACCCAGAAUCCCGUCUCGGGGAGAAGGCGCCACCAGCUGCGUCCUUCUUUGUUGAGUUUUCUCUCUUCACUCUCUCCAGGGGCAUCAUUUCGUGCUUCAGAUUCUUCCCGGACCCAGGCACCCACUUCCCUCCCCCUUGUCUUCCUCAUGUCGCUGUGUUCCAGGGUCUGGACAGCAGCUCUCAGAAGGCUUGUCAGCUCUACUACUUACUACUCUGUCAUCUUCUGGUCUCUUGGGUUGUUUUGGGGGUUUUUUUUAAACUAUAGGCAUUUAUAAGAAACAGCUUCAGAAAGCUGGGCAUUUAGCUGUCUGGCAUAAGUACCUGUCUGGCAAGCAUGCAGUUGUGAGUUUAAUACCAAGUACCAGAAGAAAAAGAAGCGACUAGUUUGCUUGUGGUUUUCAAAUCAAACUACUUUAAAUUCACACUGAGAACUAACUAGUUUGACUGUUCAGAAAUUCUUUGUGCAUAGUUCUUUACUUAAUUUACUUUAACUCAGUCUAUCACUUGACUCUAAUAAACCUCUGGAUCAGCUGGUGGGCCACUGUAUUAUUUUGAGUCACCAGGAUUUCUUGUCAUCUCAAGGCCAUAUGGGUACUUGAUGUCCACUGUUAAUCACUCUGCUGAGUACAGAUCUCUGGUGAAGGCUGGAGCAAGAUUUAUAGUGUGGAUAGAGGUAGGGGUGUGGGGUCAGUCCUUUGAUGAAGGAGCACUAGGGUCCUAUAGUAGCUUCUGUGUGCUGAUUGGAUAAAAAGGUCUGAAUCUGCACUGCAGUAUCUCAAGUCAGAUUUUUGGCUAUCAUGUUGGAAGCUUCCUUGUUUUACAAAUUAAACAGUAUUCAGAUGGACACAGGGGCUCACAGUGGCCAGCAGCCACAGCCACAUCUAGCCAUCCUGCGCAUUUUUUGUUUGUUUGGGGAGGGGAGGUUGUUUUUGAGACCAGGUCUUGCUAUGUAGUUUUGAAUUCACUUUAGGUGUGAAUUUACUGUAGUUCAGACUGGCGUUGAACUCACAGCAACCCUCCCGCCUCAGCCUCCCAAGUGCUAGGAUUACAGGUGUGUGCUACCAGGCCCAGUUCAGUCCAGCUGUUUUUGUGCAUAAAUUUGUCGGAGUCUUUCAUUAGGCAGUGCAAAAGAUUGAACCCAUGAACUACGUCCAUAGCCUUUUUAUUUUAUUUCUAGACAGGGUCUGAUGAAAUCACUAAGUUACUCAGACCGUGCUUGAAUUUGUGAUCCUUCUGCCUCAGUCUCCCAGAGUGCUAGGAUUGCAGGCAUGCACCACCACACCUAGUUUGUACAUGAAGUCUUACUGGACACAAUUAUAUUUCUUUACCAGUUUUCUAUAACUCCCAUGCUAAGUUGAAACACAGGCUAUGUGGCCUGCAAUGCCUAAACAUAUAUUAUGUGGUCUGUUAGAGUCGGGUUUGUUAAUUACUUACCUGUUUCAUGCCUUGGGAUCCCAUGAUCGGUUUGCUGUGGGUCAAAGCAUUGUGAUAUCUCCCCUGGCUAUUGUUCAUUGUGUUGGUUUUUGAGACAGAGUCUCACCACGUAGCCCAGGCGGGCCUCAAUCUCACAGUGAUCCUCCUAUGUCAGCCUCCUAACUGCUAGGAUUACAGGUGUGAGCCAUCACUCCUGGCUCCUGUUCUUUUAAAAAAAAUUAUUACUGUUAUUUUGUGGUAGUAGAGGUUGAACCCCUUUGUACAGAACUAUGUCUACCCCUUUUUUUAUCUUUUAUUUUUAGGGUCUUGCUAAGUUGCUCAGUGUGGCCCUCCUUCCUCAGCCUCCCAGAGUUCUGGAUUUUAUAGGUGUGCAUCACCAUAUCCAGCUACAUCGUUAUUUUUUUUUUUUUUAAGAAAAGAGUCUUACUCUGUUGCAUAGGCUGACACUGAACCCCUGGGGUCAAUUGAUCCUGCUAACUUGACACCCUGAGUAGCUGAGACUCUAGGUGCUUGCCACUGAGUCCAGAUAUUGUUCUUGACACAGUAAUUGAUGGGCAUAGUUCACCUCUGCUUAUUCAGUACCCCCUUGAGUCCUUGGUUCCUUGUCAACUCCACUGAAAUCCAGGAGCUCAGGUCUGUGACAGUUUCCUUUGAAGUCAUACCUGUCCUGUAAAAGAGAAUUCAGCAGAGCUUUACAAGGAUGGAGGUGCUUAUCUCGUUAAUCUGGAGAGGAGUGCCUUCUGACCCCAGCACAGGAGGGAGGGGUAAGCUCCACAGGAGGGACUUCUUAUUUUUUUGCAGUGCCAGGGCUGGAACCUGGGGCCUCAUCCACCCUGUGCAUACUUUCUGCUCCUGAGCUAUGUCUCCAAACCUUUUUAAGUUUACUUUGAGAUAGGGUCUCACUAAGCUGCCCAGGCUGGCCUCAAACCUGUGACUCUCCUGCAUUAGCCCCAGAGUAGCUGGGAGCAUAGGUGUGCACUCAGGUUUAUCACACAGGCCUUUCUGUCUUGCUUUGUGGUAAUGGAGAUUGACCAAGAGCCUUUGUACUUUUCCUGCUAAGAAAAGUCAGGGUGUCUAUGAAGCUCUCAGGUGUUAGUAGCAUCUGAGUCCGAGCAGCUAGACAUUGCAUUCCUCGUUUAAUGCCCUCAGUUUUCAUGGAUCAGUGCCUUUAACUUCCCCUUGGAUUUUAGUCUGUGACUUUGACUGUGUUGAGAUUUAACCUGUACAACUAAAUUGUGAGUUUUAUUGUCUAGCCCCAGGGCCACAGAUGACACCAUUUUCUAAAGGCGGUCUUAAGAAACUCAGUUUCUCGAGUCUUGACUGGGUCUGAAAGGUGAGAGAUCUAAGCUUGUCGCUUCUUGUGCAGAUGCAUAAUUAAGAAGGUUCCAUCCCUUACCUCACUGCAGCCUCCAUGGGCACCCUUACUGUUGUCAUGACUCAGAGCAAGACUCACUCGAGGCCUCAAGGCAAAUGUGCCGAUGGGCAGCUCAUCAGAAUCAGCCACAAGUGAUAGCUGAUCCCAUGGGCAGGAGCCUUAGCUCUCUGCUCACCUGAGGGCGUGGCCAGGCCAGUCCGAAAAAUGUAAAUCUCACGUCCCAGGUUCCUCUUCUAGGAUCACUGUACAAUUCUGUAUAAGUCAAGAGCCCACAAAGGGACAACAGUUAUUCCUUGAUUGUUUAUUUAGCAGUGCUGGUGCUAGAACCCAGAGUGUCUUGCAUGCUGGACAAGCACCCUAACACUAAGCCAUGCUCUCUGCCUGUUUUAAACAAGAAGGAUGUAAGAAACUUUUUUUAUGGUGCAGGGAUGAAUAAGAAACAUAAAAAUUAAAGGCAGUUUUUUUACUUGUAAGCAUUAACUGUGCUACACACUUUACAUGUGGCCCAAGACAACUCCUCUUUGAUCACUGUGGCCCACACAAGCCAAAAGGUUGGAUACCCAUGAGAGUUAAGACCUAGUACCUGGAAUCUUAGACACUUUCUUGUUGCUGGGACAGAAUACUCAACACCCACAACAUAAACAAGGAGUGAUGUAUUGUGGCCUGACACACAGUGUCUAAGCACAAAGCACAGUGAAGGCUCCCGGUGAGGAACGCUGCUGCCCUCACAGCUGCUGGGAAGCAGAGAGAAGCAAGGAGCCAGCGAGGGAGCUAGCGCCUCCCAGGUCGUGCCCGAAGUGACCCACCUCUCCUGAGCAUGCCCUCUUCCUACAGCAGGUCAGCAGCACCACCCAAGCCACUCCCCUUCCGGAAGCUUUCCUUGAUGCACGAGGCCUUGGGGGACACCAGAUGAAAGCCCAGCGUCAAGGAAGGGAAGCAUAUUCCAGCCCUCCACCCUAGACGCGGCUUCCUCAGGUGUUGCUGGGCUGAAGACACCAGUGCCCUCUGUUGGAAGGCGGACACGGGGGCUUGGUUGUCUGGGCCAGCAGUGGUCAGCAGUCACAAGACCAGCAUUGUCCAAGCCUGUGGAAUGCCAGCCAACACUGGCUGGUGGGCAAAUCCACACAAGAACCAGAGUGUUGAAUGUGCACAGCCGGUGGCCGUGAAAGUGGUCUCUGCAGUACAGACAAGCCAGGAGAGGCAAGUGAGGUGUGAAGAGACACAGUCCCCCACCCGUGGGUCGCACAGUAGUGACAGCGCACUACCGUACGCAGGGCUCAGGGCUGUAUUUUGUAAUGCAUAUUGUUUUAGUUACUUUUUACUCGUUGCUAAGACAAAAUACCUGAAGCCCAAAGUUGGGAAAGGAAAGGUUUAUUUCUUACAGUUUUUGGAAAUUUCAGUCCACACUCAGUUGGCUCCAAGAUAGGCAGGCAUGGCUGGGCCGCAGUUCAUGAACCAGCAGAGAGAAAAACACACCUUCUUCCUGGUUACAUCACAUCCUGGCUCCACCCCUAGGUGGGUGGAGCACUGACACAAUCAAUACAAGCACUAGACAAUGAACUAUCACAAAUGCACAAUGCAAACUCAUGAGGCCUGGGGGACACAGACAUAAACCAUGACACACAUUUACUUCACUGUUACCCCAGUGUACAUUGGCAUUGUUGAGAAAGGACCUCCAUUGUUUGUUAGAUGUCAGUCCCUGGGUGCCUCUCGUGGGCCAGUCUCUGUGCUGACAACAGGUACAUGGGGAGUGGGGUGGAGCUCAGUGGUGGAGCUCUUCCCUGCUGUGGGUGAGGUCCUGGGUCCCUUCUGUGUCUCCAGCACAUAGAACAGAGGCAGAGAAUGAAGGAAGGAAGGAAUGUGCCCAUGACAGGCAGAAUUCUCCAAAAACACAGGGGAUCCUAACUUUGGACCUUGUCAAAAAGAAUUACUAAAGCUGGGUGUGGCGGCACACAGUGGUCUAUAAUCAGUUACUCAGGAAGCUGAGGCAGGAGAAUUGCAAGUUCAAGGCUAUGUAGGCAGACCCUGUCUCAAGGACUGUGGAUAAAGCUCAGAAGAGUUCUAAAUUCAAUCCCCAGGACUUGAAAAUAAAAUACUACUACCCCUGGGUAUAGUAACUGUAAUCUCAGCACUUGGGAAGGCUGAGGCAGGAGUGUCGCCAAGUCCAUCCUUUGUGAGACUUCGUCUGAAAAUAAACGAAGACUGGGGAUGAGCUCAGUCUGAACUUCUGGGCCCCAGUCCAGUCCCUGGUACCAGAGGCAGAGAGUGGAGUGGCAAAAACCAAGAUAAUUAUUCUUCACCCCAAUUCAUCAGUAUUCGCUGGGCACUAAGCUUUGAUGAGAUAACUUGAUUUCUUACCCUGUCAUAAAGUUCAGAGUGGAAAACUACUCAUCCAAAAAGGGUACGAAUAUUCUCCAGCUUGUGAUGAACUGAAUGAAGAUUCAGAUUUUUGGUUUAAGUUUUAAUUUAUUAAAACUAAAAAAUUAGAAAAUAUCUAUAUUUUCUAUGGCAGUACUGAUGCAUAUCAGUCAGGACUUAUUAAAGAAACAGCUAUAACACAAGAACUAUAUACAAGAAGUUACAAGAUUGGCUCACAAUGGUCGGCCACAGAGGGAGCCUGCAGGUGUCACGUGCUGGAGGCUGGAGGGUGCAGCCAAGGGCUGGAGCUCACUGCAGUGUCCUGUGCAAGUCCAGUCAGAAGGCUGCUGGGUCUGUGACAGGAUGCUGGAAAUUCAGUGGAAGUCUGAAGGGUGCCAGGCAGAAGCCUAACAGUCUGUGCGGCAAGCCAGGAGAGGGCAUCCAGCUGAAGACAGCCGGGCUCCUCCCAAGACCAGCAGGCCUUCCGCCUGCUUUGCCUUUUACUGUGUGCAGGCUGCGCCCUGGGGCGGGUGUAGCGCUCACACCAAGGCGCCUCCUCUUGCUCAGGCUGAGAUCUGAGCCGCUGAGUUAAACUUCUGAGCUUCUCAAGGUGACACAGUGUUCCAGAGUGCUAACCGGGUGUCCUUUGCACCCCAGGACAGCAGCUGCUGCGGCACUACCCCAGGAGCCCUUCUGUGUAGGGAGCCAGGAUUCCUUCUUGAAGAAAAGAUAAAGGAGGACAGGAUGGUGGCUGACUGCCUGACAGGCUGCUAUCAGGACUCGGUGACCUUUGAGGAUGUGGCCCUGGACUUCACCCAGGAGGAGUGGGUUUUACUGGACCAGAGUCACAGAGAGCUGUACAGAGAGGUGAUGCUGGAGAACUAUGAGAACCUGACCUCCGUGGGUGCAGGGGGUGAGCUGGUCAAGCCCAGUCUGAUCUCCUGGUUGGAACACAAGGGGGCCUGGAAGACGGAGCAGGGAGGAGAUGCCCACGAAUGGGAAAUGCAACUCAGCACCAAGGAGACAGCCUUUCAGCAGAACUUUUUGAGGGGACAGACUUCCCAUGGCAUGCCAACAGCAAGAAGCCAGAGUGCAGGGGAGCUCUGUGACUCCGCGCAGUGUGGGGAAAUCUUCAGUGAACACUCCUAUUUCAAGACACACCUGAAAACCCAAAUAUAUGGAAAUUUUCCUCACUCCACUGGGCACACUGUGCCUGUCCAAGUGCACGCCGUGAAACACUACGCGUGUAAGACUUGUGGGAAAGCCUUCGGGCGCUCUUCAAACCUUAACAGGCACAUGCGAACCCACACUGGGGAGAAGCCCUAUGAGUGUAAGGAAUGCAGGAAGCCCUUCACCACCUACUCGCGGCUGGUGGAACACUUCAGAACCCACACCGGAGAGAAGCCCUAUCAGUGUAAGGACUGCGGGAAAGCCUUCACCAAGCGCUCGGGCCUCAUCACACACCUCCCCACCCACGCUUCCGAGAAGCCCUACGAGUGCACACAGUGUGGGAAAGCCUUCGCUUCACCCCCACGCCUUUCUCAGCACGUGAGAACCCACAGCGGAGAGAGGCCCUACGUGUGUAAGGAGUGCGGCAGGGCCUUCCUCACCUCCUCCUACCUGCGCAACCACGUGAGGCGAACGCACAGCGGAGAGAGGCCCUACGUGUGCGGGGAGUGUGGGAAAGCCUUCCAUUCUUCCUCCUACCUGCACAGACAUGUGAGAACCCACAGUGGAGAGAGACCUUUCACGUGUAAGGAGUGCGGGAGGGCCUUCCUCACUUCCUCCUACCUCCAUAACCACGUGAGAAAGACGCACAGUGCAGAGAUCCCGUACAUCUGCGGCGAGUGUGGGAAGGUCUUCCAUGCAUCCUCAUACCUACGGAGACACGUAAGAACUCACAGCGGAGAAAGACCCUAUAUAUGUAAGGAGUGUGGGAAAGCCUUCCUCAAUGUCUCCUACCUGCGUAAACACCUCACCAUCCACACUGGAGAGAAACCCUAUGAAUGUCAGGAGUGUGGGAAGGCCUAUAAUAGGUGUAAUCUGCUCAACGAACACUUAAAAACUCACACAGUGGAAAAGCCAUUUGAUUGUCACGUAUGUGGGAAAUCCUUCCAGUAUUUCUCAUACCUCACGAAGCACAUUCGGAUUCACACCGGCAUAAAGCCCUAUAAAUGCAAGUACUGUGGGAAAGCCUUCACCACCUCCUCCAGCCGAACGGAGCACAUCAGAAGUCAUACUGGGGAGAGACCCUAUGAAUGCAGGGAAUGUGGGAAAACCUUCACUUCAUCCUCAAACCUAAUUCACCAUGUAAAAAUUCACACUCGCGAGAAGCCCUAUAAGUGCGAGGAGUGUGGGGAAGCCUACAGCAGCAUCUGCCUGCUCAGUGACCACCUAAUGACGCACACAGAGCAGGAACACUUGGGAUGGGACGAAUGCCAAAAGCCACGUAAGAAACCCUCACAUCUUCAUCAGUGCAGCGGCGUGUACACCGCUGAGUAACCUUGCUCUUGUAGAGAGCGAGGGGUAGCCCUCAGUUACUCCAAUUUGAUUUGAAGACAUUCGAGAACUCAUACUCAAGAUGCCCCAUGAAUUGAGAGAAGGAAAUAUGAAGGUCUUGUCUGUUUCCCAGGAAGUUAUUCUUAAAUAUGUGAGGCUUCACACCGAAGGGAGAGCCUGCUGUGAAUUAUGUGGGAAAGGUAUAGUUCUGCUGAGCUUCACUUGUGAUCUCACAGUGAAGAAGACUUUAUGAAGGUAAGAAACGUGGGAAAGUCAUUUUUACAUGCCAUUAAUUCUCAGCAUUUAGUGAAAAUCCUGAUUCAUGCCCAAGAGAAAACUGAAUAUAUGGACUAUGGUAAUCUAAUCCCCGUAUUCUGAAAUCUGGUAGGCUGACAAAAAUGUGGCCAUCCAGCGCGUCCUUCUUUAUUUUGAAUGUUUGCGAUUCUGUCCUGAUCAUUUCCAGAGGAAUUCGCCAUUCUUUCCCUUCUGAGCAACCUCAUUUCAUUCCAGUUACUACAGCAUCUGAGUAGCGGCCUGGCAGCAAACAGUGGGCAUUUGGGAUCCAAACAGUACUGUCUGGAGCCUUGUGGAUUCCUUGGUUCAUUUGUCAGGCUCUCGAACAUGGUCCCAGCUAUAAAUUCAGUGCUGGUUAAGCUUCUUGUUUCUCUUUCCUGUCUGACCCUUUCAGAUGAGAGGGGAUGAGGGAGCCUGGGAUGGAUGGAUGCUGGCGGUACAGGUGCCUUGGUGUCAUGGCCAUGGCAGGAGGGCACUUGCACUUGAGAAUGGGAGAUUCUGUGCCAUCUGGCAGGGCAGGAGCUGGCAUAGCCGGCAGCGUGCUCUGUGCACUGUGCCACUUGGCAGAGCGGUUUUAUAUGCCUGAGUCAAGCACCGGCUGGAACUGGUAGUAAAAUCUGGAUUAUUCAUUCCACGUACAGUGAAAAAACAAAUGCCCCCGUGAACACAGCUGUUCACCACAGCCCAUGGUGCUGGAGCUCAUCAUGGCACCUUCUGAAUGUGGCCUUUGGGUACAGACAUGCACACCACAACCAGAUUUCAGCCUCAGUGGUCCAAAUGUGUGUCCUCCUGAUGCUUGAGCGACCCUUGGUUAUUUGUGGAUGGCCAGCAGGCUGCAGCCACUUGAUGGCUCUUUUUGUGGCUCUUAAUCGAGCCAGUGUGAUGUAGUCCAAAACAAGGCAAAGAAUAAAUGUGGAAUGAAAGAGA